AUGGGAGAAAAAAGUCAGAAAAGUGGAGGCACUGGUCAUCCGAAAACAGCUACUACAUUAAUGGCCUAUGCUCAGUUAGAAAUGGAUAAUAUUUCUACGUGUGUUCCGAGAUUAUGCAAAUUUAGUAUUAUUCGUCUAGUAUUGAAUGGACCUCUCGAUGGUGGAGAUUCAAAUUCUGUUGUUGUUGCUGUCAAAAUUCAAAGUAACAAACGAAUGUUUCGAUGCUGUGAAAUUCCUCUGCAAUCUGAUAGUACGCUCGAUGUUCAAGUUAAUUUACAAUAUUUGAUAACAUAUCCGCAUUAUUUCAAACGAGAUAUAAACAAAUUACAAAUAUAUGUUCAACGACGUAAAAAUCGACCAAUGAUUGGUUAUAAAACAUUAGCACGUGGUGAAAUUAGUUUAAAUAAGGUGAUACAACGUUCUCAAAAUAUUGAUUUACAUUUGUAUAUGAAUUCAACAGAAAAGAAACAACAGCAACGUUCAAUAGUCGAUGAUAAUAGCAGUUUACAACAUCAAUCAUCAGAAGCGGCAAUUCAGAUGCCACAAAAACAUCGUCUUGUUGGUUAUGUCUCUGUUGUUGGUCUGUCAAGUACAAUAGCGGAGACGGCGCAAAGUGAUAGUAGGAAUGGUCCAAAAACAAAAGGAACUUCGACAUCAGUCACUCAAAAACAACGAAUGAUUGCAGGAAACAGACAAGUUGAGCUAGACAAAAGUUUUGGUGAUGAUGAAGAUUAUGGCGAUGACGAUGAGAAUCCAUCUGAUAUGGAGGAUAGUGAUUUUGAAUAUGGAAAUGAAAAGAAGAAAUUUAUAAAUCCAAUGUUAAUAAGAAAUAAAUUAAUUAAAAUAUUUAAGCGAAAAGGUGGAGGAACAACCGGAACCGGUGUAGCUGAAAGCCAUCAUCAUCUAACAAUGGACCGACAUUCAGAUAUCGAAGAAGAAGAUAUGAUCGAUCCACCAUCUGAUGUUAGCGAUUCAACAGUACCGGUUGAUCAGUGGAGUAUAGAGUCUGUGCCAAAGCCUGGUUUUACGCCUGUUGAACAACUACAAUUAUUGAAAUUCUCCAACGACGAUCCGCUCGUACUUCCAAAGACAAAUCCGUUUGAUGAAAGUCCUCCAGAUUCAGAAUCAUCAGAUGUAGGUAUUGAUAUUGAACGUACGAUGAUGCCAACAUUUUUAGCAGAUCCCAAUCCAGAUGAACGUGGUCGAAGUGCAUCGAUGGCGAUGGCUCGUGAAGGUGUUGUUCGACAACUCGAAGAUCUUCACCUCGGUGAUCGUUUACCCGAAACAGUUGUGUUUCUUUAUACCGGUUUAAAUCAACCGAAUGUCACUCCAUUGAAGUUCAAAGAAUAUAAUCUUGCUGUCAUAUCAUUGACGUUAUUGAACGAAGCAAAAUUAGUUAUUUCUAAUUUGAUUCAACGCAUACAAAAAUGUACAGCACAAUCAAAACAAGUUACCUUAGUUCGCGUUAUUUUACUUGGAAAUGAUGCAUUUGUUAAUGCAUUUUUACAAUCUUAUGUUGAUUGUUUGGCAAGUAAACCAAAAGAAUGGAUGGCUUAUUUUCGAUUUUAUUUUAUACCUCUAGUAUCAUCGUAUUUAGCAACAUUUUUGGGCAGUUUAGAUCCACAAUAUCACUCAUUAUUUGGUGAAAUUAGCUCUUCUGCAAAUGAGUCAUCACAAUUGCCAGAUAUUCGUGAGUUAGUUCAGAAAGUGAACCGCUAUGUGAAAACAUCUCAAUACACACUUUCGCUACCUAUUGGAGAAGUGAUGCUUAAUAGAAAAGGAAGAUUACCAGAGGAAGAUACAUCACCAACAUUUUUACCAUUUUUUUGUUAUGUUCGUUUGGGUACAUCAUCAUCAUCAUUCGAGUCAAGUGGGCAACAACAACAGCAACAACAAUCAUUAGAUGAAGCGCCAUUAACAACAGUUUCAUCAUCCCCUUCUCAAAAUCGUGAUUUACUAUUAACAUCUUCGUUGCCUAUGAAAGAUUCAUCGGACGAUUCUCCACCUCAAUCGCCUCCACCUCCUCUCAGUACCAUUCAUCAUAUUAAAGGUGGCGGUGAUACAAAUAUAUUGCUUAAUGACACAUUAACUGAACGUCAGUUAGAUCCUCAAUCGCAAAUUAAUGUCCAAGUUGAUUAUUGGACAAGUAUUGGUAUGACACAACAAGGAGGUGGUGGAGGUGAUAUAAGCAGCAAAAAAGAAGGGCGGACAAUUAAAUCAUCGUUAAAAUCCAAUAUACGUGUAUUAACGGUAACACGAAAACCGGUUAUGCAAAAUGAAGGGAAAAUGGCUGGACUAUUGACCAUGACAUUUAUAACACGAGAGAAGAAACAAAAGAUUAUGAAAUUUAGUAAGAAACAAAAAGAGCCACAAAAAGUAGAACCACAAUCUAUUAAUGGUAUUAAUCGUCUUGUAUGUACAUCAAAAUCACAAAAUGUCGAAUUAACUGUUAAUGUUGAUGGUCUUGAAUGGAAUAACGUUAAAUUUUUUCAAAUAUCAUCUCAAUGGCAUACUCAUAUCAAAUAUUUUCCCCUGGCAAUAUUUACAGAAUUAAAAAAUUAA